GGUGGUGGAUAUUUGUUUCACAUAGCACGAAUACGGAGUCGUGGGAAUUGUAACAAAUUGAAGGAAUUCAGGCAACACCUAGUUUGUGAGAAGAUGUCAGGAUUCGACGAGAAUCCCUUCGCGGAUCCCGUGGAGGUGAACCCCUUCAAGGAUCCAUCAGUGACACAAGUCACCAAUUCAACCAUAGAUGGAAUUCAGGAAUUCAACCCCUUCUCAGCAGGUGGACUGGACCAGAACAAUGACACUACCAUUCCCAUCUCAGAGGGAUCAUCCCAGCCAGCCGUUCUGCAGACGUCCCAAGAGCCUAGUCCCAAGGCCACAGCAACUGCUGCUCAGGCGAAUCUUCUAAGACAGCAGGAGGAGCUGGAGAGGAAAGCAGCCGAGCUGGAGCGCAAGGAGCAGGAGCUACAGAGCAGAGGAGCCACCAUAGGUCCAGAGAACAAUUGGCCCCCUCUUCCAAAGUUUUUCCCCAUUAAGCCGUGCUUCUAUCAGGAUUUCAAUGAGGAGAUUCCUAUCGAAUACCACAGGGUCACCAAGAUGAUGUACUACCUCUGGAUGUUCCACUGUGUCACCCUCUUCCUGAACAUGCUGGCGUGCUUGGCCCAUUUCACCGUUGACUCCGGGCGUGGGGUGGAUUUCGGCCUGGCUAUCCUGUGGUUCAUUCUGUUCAGCCCAGCGGCUUUCAUCUGCUGGUACAGGCCUGUGUACAAAGCCUUCAAGUCAGACAGCUCCUUCAAUUUCUUCUUCUUCUUCUUCAUCUUCUCCUUCCAAGUAAUUGUCUACAUCAUUCAGAGCGUUGGCAUUCCAAGCUGGGGAAACAGUGGUUGGAUAGCCUCCAUUGCUGUGAUUGGGACUAACAUCGCUGUGGCUGUGUUCAUGAUGGUCGUGGCCGGCUUCUUCACAGUCUCCGCUGUACUGUCAGUCAUCCUGCUGAAAAUGGUACACGGCAUGUACAGGAGAACCGGGGCCAGCUUUCAGAAGGCCCAGCAGGAGUUCUCCACUGGUGUCGUCACCAACAAAACCUUCCAGAGCGCGGCAUCCACAGCGGCAUCCACAGCAGCUCAGAAUGCCUUUCAAAGAAACUAGCAGCCGAAACACGUCUUCACCACCACCCCCUCCUCCUCCUCUAAGGUGACGAUACUCAGGGCAACAUUUCUGAGCAGUGUUACCGAGCAGCAGUGCGAUUGAUUGGCAUGUUACUUUUAGGUGAGUGUGUCACAAAAAGUUGCCUACUAUUGAUCCAAGUCCUCCUGAUAAAGUUACACUGUUAUCGGUGAUAAAGUGCCUAAACAACGUGUGUUCAGUCACCGUCGCUUGGUAACACUGCUUAAAAAGUUGCCUGGUGUUGUACCAUCUUUCACAGUUUUUGUUUUUGGAAUGCUUGACUCCAUUUUAUCAUCUUGUCAAGAUAUGAUUGUAAAAAGGUGAUUGGGUUUGUACACAUGAACUAAAGUCUAGAAAUAUUCAGCUGAACAUUGCAAUGAUUUGGGACAGCAACACAAUAUUUUUUUCAUACAUAUUUUUUAUCACUUGGUCGGGACUGAAUUGUCAGCCUGGAAGAAAGCCCUACUACCCUUAACUUGUUUACAUUCGGGUGCACUCGAAGUACAGUUGGCCGACCAGACAUGGUGGCGUCUGGCUUGCUUGUAGAGUUCUGAUUUGCAUUUGCACAUGCUCUGCGUAUCAUGUAGAGAAGUCUUUGUUACAGAUAUUUGAUUGCUUUUGUUGCUGGAUCACACACAUACCAAAGGAGACUUGAAGCGAAGCACAGUUUCAGGAUUAUGUUGUGUGACAAUGUACAGUGAAGAUUUCAUUUCCCCUUCAUACUUAGAGAAUUAACUGUAAAAAAUAUACUAUUGGCCAAUAGCCUCUUCUAGCUCAGGAUUAAGACAUACAUUUUUCAGCGGCACAAUUGACAAAGUGAGGACAAAUUUAAAUCUGCAUAUUUUUUUCGCCUCAUCUUCAUGAUUAAGUACUGGCUUAAAAACAGGAUUUGAAUGUUCAUGCCUUACUCAAUCCUCAGUCGAAUGCAGCGGGAAAAGGACUUCAAUCUUGCAGAACACGGAUCUUUUAAAAUAGUGUUUCUCAACGGGGGCUCUACAGACCCACAGGGGGGUGUUUAAAGGCCGUAGGGGGGCGUUGAGAAGGAUAUAGCUGAGAGGGGGCGGUGCUUAUUUGCCAUUGGGAGGCAUUAGUCAAUUUUAUUUUUUAAUAUCAAGGGGGGCAUUGGCAGGCUUAUGAUGAGGUCAAGGGGGCUUUGGGGGGCUUAGGAUGAGGUCCAGGGGGAAUUUAUUCAAAAAAGGUUGAGAACCACCAAACGAUGAUCAUUGUACUUGCAUCCAAAUAUAUAAUAUAUGCUAUUUUUGAGAGCGGUGAUCAUUGGUGAAUUGUCUAUAUCACAUUUAAAAAAUAAUGGAAUACAUGUACUAUUGAUCAACUUCACAGCUUGUCUUAAUGCAAUGAAAAUAUGACAUGUAACACUCCUGUAGAGCAUUCAAAGGAUGCUCUUCUAACUGUCUAACAGAAGCCAUCUGUUAUCCAAGAGCACAAGACUUUUUCAACGACACCCCUUUUGAUAACUCAUGAAGACAGUACAUCCCCAACCAUGAAUUCAGUAAUGAAGUUCCACUGGAGCGAUUGCUACUUUCCUAUUCUGUUUUAUGUUUGUAUUCAUGUCGCUUUGUAUUAAUUAUUGUGUAUAAAUAAUCAACUGUAUAGGGUAAAGAAGAGUCAGGGUGUAAAUAGUGCCUGUCUGAUCCAUUCUUUGUAGUCUGAGCUUUGCUAGUGUAGUGUAGUGUAAUGUUUCGUACCUAUCGUCAAUUGCACUCUGCAACAGGGAAGUGGACACCACCACUCUAGAAUGUAGUGUAAGCUGUAAGACCGAUAAAGGAGAAUUUCUGUAUAAAAUAAACAUUAGAUAUAUGAAAACAGAAAGAGUUAUGUUUGCUGGGAAACAGAACUUUGCUAGCCUAGUGCAUUCAGAGCCUUGGCAGCUUUUUUUUUUUUUUUGCCGAUUUUGAUCAAAAAGGUUCGCCAUGCUGGUGGUCAGGCCAUGGAGAGACAGUUUGAGGAUAUACCGCAUCUUAUCUUGACCAUAAAAAAGCUCAGGUCAUGCUAAGCUGCAUUUGUGAAUGUGCUUAGGCUACAGGACUUGGUUGCAACAUAGUGGAAUAAUACACAUCCAAAAAUCUGAAUGGCUUGUUUUAAAUGUAAGGGCCCUUUUUAUACUGCCAAGGUGGAGCUAUUUUCAGCCUAUUUAAUGGCUUAAAAAUAGCAAUGUCAUCAAGUGUCACCCAUUCCCUGAUCACUAGCAUUGUGUGCCUUUCAAGAAAAAUGCUAAAAAUAACACAGUCUUGAAGACAACAAGAUGGCACAUUUUUGCUCUUCAGCAAACUUAUUGACUCGUCGUCAUAAUAGCAGUUAAUUUUACACUGAAUUUCUCCGCAAACACCCAAUUUUAUCAUGCUUCCAUAGUCUUGGCAGAGUCACAUGGAUUUUUACAAAUUAAUUCAUUGUAUUUUUAAGAAAUAUAAAUAGCUCGACUGCAUUCUUGCACGUGAAUUUCCUUCCAAAGAACAUAUUUUAAUAUAAAUAAUUAAAUAUAAAUAAUAUGUAUGUUCAAAUGAUAUAAAAACGUCAAGUUCCCUGCUAUUCUUAUAAAGUGAUUUAUGUCUUCAGGUGAUCUAAGAAAAUGAAGUUUCAUGAAGUGUACUUUUGGUAACUUAUAAUAUGCUGUCACUAAAAAGGAAGAAUGCGUCUAAUUUUUAUUUCUGACAUUACUGAAGGAACAAAUGUGUUGUCUUUGAACAAUAAACAGCUGCUUUUCC